AUGGAUACACGCAGCUGCAUACCGGAGGUGUGGGGGGCCUUUCGCAGCACGGAGGACAUACGCAGCCGCAUAUCAGAGGUGGUGGCGGAGUUGCACAGCAGGGAGGUGGCUUGCCAUUCCCACAGCGUGGACGCGCGCCAACGCCACAGCCCGGACGCGCGCAAACACCACAGGCUGGACGCCCACCGCUGCAGCACUGUGGGCCACCACAGCCUGGUCACCCGCCGCCGCAGUAUUUGCCACCCUCUUCUCGCCCCACGCCACAGCGGCAUUACGGAUCGUUGUUGCCGCCACAGUUCGGAGGGGAGGGACAGCAAGACGUCGGAGAUCCCGAGGUGCCACCAGGAUACAUCGUCCUGGUUUAUAGCAGACGCGGCGCCGCGUCAUCAGGGCCAUCCGGCUGCCUUCCUCCGCAACCACAGCACGGGGUACCGGCCUCGGCAGCACCACAGCAGCAGCCGGGAGGCUCACAGCAGCAGCCCGGAAACUCACAGCAGCAGCCUCGAGACUCACAGCAGCCGCCCAGAGGCUCAGAGCAGCAGCGCUGCGGCGGCGGCGCGCCUUCACAGCAACAGCUAG